AGAGAGGUAGGGCAAGGGUGAGUAAGCAAGAGACUCACAGACCUAGAGGGAAAGAGAGAGAGAGGAGCGGAGUUAAUGGAGAGGGCUUCAACUGCGCACAAACAGAGAUUUGAUCAGUGAGUUUAACUUGCUGGUGCUGGUCAGUGCGCAGUGAAGCCAUCCACUGCAAACAAGCCCUGCCUGCGCCCCGUGCAAGCCUCCGCUACUUGUUGAGCUGAAGCACUGACUUUUUUUUUUUUCUCGCUGUUUGUUUGCUAAGAGGAAGAAGUUCAGGAGCUCUGCGUGGGACCGGAUUCCAUUUUGGACGUAUUUCUAUGACAGCACCUCAGUUGCAUUUGUAAUGUUGGGUGAUCGGAAGCAAGCGCGGAACCUGUGGAUUUAACAAACACGCGGAUUUGGGACAGUUUAUUUCUUAUCUUUUGACUUGUACCAGUUUGCUUCAGCGUGCAUGAACAUUUGCUAAAGCAACGAAAAAAUAUAUCUAAAGAAAUCAAGCGAUGGAAGUAAGUGCGGACCAGCCACGAUGGAUAAGCCAUCAUCCCGCAGUGAUGAACGAACAGCAUCCUGGCUCACAUCACCCGGGCCUCGGCCACUCAUACAUGGACCCUUCGCAGUAUCCCCUCGCUGAAGAUGUGGAUGUACUCUUUAAUAUCGAUGGACAGGGGAACCACGUCUCUCCAUACUAUGGAAACUCUGUCCGAGCCGUCCAGAGGUACCCUCCUCCUCCACACAGUAGCCAGGUGUGCCGUCCCUCAUUACUGCACGGCUCUCUGCCCUGGCUGGAGGGGAGCAAAGGAAUCCCCCCGCACCACAGCACUUCUCCCUGGAACCUGAGCCCCUUUCCCAAGAACCUGCACCACGGCUCCCCGGCCAGCCUGUCCGUCUACCCCCCAGCCUCAUCCUCCUCCUCCCUGUCUACCGGUCACUCCAGUCCACACCUCUUCACGUUUCCCCCGACCCCUCCUAAAGACGUAUCCCCGGAUCCGGGCAUAUCUACCCCCGGCUCCAGCAGCUCCGGGCGGCAGGAGGAUAAAGAGUGCAUAAAGUACCAAGUGACCCUGGCCGAGAGUAUGAAACUGGAGUCAGCUCACAGCCGGAGCGUGGCAUCAAUCGGAGCAGGGUCAUCCUCUGCCCACCACCCCAUCGCCACAUACCCACCCUAUGUCCCUGAAUACGGCCCAGGCCUCUUCCCACCAAGUAGCCUGAUAGGUGGGUCAUCUUCUAGUUAUGGUUCCAAAACAAGACCAAAAACAAGGUCCACUUCAGAAGGUAGAGAGUGUGUGAACUGCGGGGCCACGUCGACUCCGCUGUGGAGGCGGGACGGAAGAAGUAGGCCUAUUAGCUGCAGGAAAUUGACUCGACAAGUGCAGUCGGCAGCCAGGCGGGCAGGGACGUCGUGCGCAAACUGUCAGACGACAACGACGACGCUGUGGCGGAGAAAUGCCAACGGGGACCCGGUGUGCAACGCCUGCGGCCUGUACUUUAAACUGCACAAUAUCAACCGACCUCUGACCAUGAAGAAGGAAGGCAUCCAGACCAGGAACAGGAAGAUGUCCAGCAAGUCAAAGAAGAGCAAAAAGGCCCAAGAUAACAUGGACGACUUCUCCAAGAGCCUGAUGGACAAGACCAGCUCAUUCAGCCCGGCCGCCCUGUCCCGCCACAUGUCAUCCUUCCCCCCCUUUUCGCACUCUGGCCACAUGUUGACCACCCCCACACCCAUGCACCCCUCCUCGAGCCUCCCCUUCACCCCGCACCACCCUUCCAGUAUGGUCACAGCCAUGGGUUAGAGUUCCCCACGGUGCACCACUCCUGAAUCCUCGGCCUCGCCACCACCGCACCCUUCGGUACCUCUGCUGACCUGCUUCCAUAUCCUGAACGACAAACUGCUUCUCGGUCCGAUCUAAGCUCCCCAGUCUCACCGCCGAGCCACGGCGUGUGAGCGUGACAGGCUUUAGGCUCCUGUUCUCCUCAGUUGUAUCUUAUUUUUAUAAAAAUCGAAGUGUACCUCUGCGAUGUGAAUGCUUUGCAGACUUGACUUGACUGUGGCGCACUGACCUCCAGGGGGACGUUUUUUUGUUUUCCCUCCUCCCCGAGCCGCCACCACCACAUUGAGGCUGUCCUCCCAGCUGAUCCACACGAUAAGGAGCUCCAUUUGUGUACAAAAAGCCAUUUUUCCACACUUGACAUCACAAAAAAACUGACAUUAAAAGAACUUUUGUGACGCCCUCUUCCUCAAUGUCCAAACCCGACUCUCUUCACCUUGCACCUGUGUAACAGGAACCCCCCCCCACCGCCCCCUUCCCGCUCCCUUGCUUCCUCUCCCUCUUCUCCUCCUUCUUCUGCUGAAGAUGAGGAGAGACAGACGUUGAAUAUAUUUGUACAAAUUGUAUGAAAUACAGUACAUUUAAUGAAGACUUUUUAAUUAAGUAAGAAAAAAAGGAAACAUGCCCCUGGGCAGCUAACAACAAGAAGGGUACGAGUCGCAGCAGGUGGAGAGACUUGCCGCCGGAGGAGUGAGGAGAGGCUGCCUCCGAGUCCCGGAGGAAAGAAAAAAAAGGGAGGAGGAGGUGAGGGAAAGACUUUUGAGAAAGGGCAGGCCUCGGUUUUUGCCUGCAUGAAUUGUGUUGCAUUAAGUUUGCAGAGAGUCAGCGGCUCCGGCUGCAGGCAUCUCUCUUCUUCUUCUUUUUUUUUUUUUUUUUGGAUGUGCUAUAGGUCUCGGGCAAUUGGUUUGUGUUGAAGCGCGCACGUACAAGCACACACAUACAUGCACACACUUACACGCACGCACACACUCGCACACACUCGCACACACUCGAUCACCUGAAAGACUUUCUUCCUGCCCACAGAUUAUAUGCAUUGUGAAAAAAGUUCCUGUAUUUGUUAUUUGUAUGUAUAAAUCAGAGUACCAAAAAUACGAAAGAAACAAAGAUGUAGAAUUAUUUCUUUAUGUUAUGCAGACUGAAUGGUUGUAAAAAAUUUAAUAAUAAUCACUAGUGUAAAAUAUGACUGCUUUUUUUGUUUCGUAAUUUUUUUUUUCCUCUUUGAAAAUAAUAAACUAGUUUAAUCUCUGUUGACAUGUUA